AUGCCAGGCACAUCAGCACUUUAUUCAAUAGCAAAUGUAAAUGGAUUGCUUUCUGCGGCACUCACAAUUGUCAAGUACGUACCACAAAUCAAUACAACCUACCAUUUGAAACACCCUGGUACUUUAUCGAUUGGAAUGAUGUGUAUACAGACCCCUGGUGGGUUCGUGUUUGCAGCUACACUCAUGUUUACAAAAGGGUCACAUUGGAGCUCAUAUGUGAGCUAUUUGGUUGCUGCGAUUUUACAAGGUACAUUAUUGACACUUUCUCCACCACCAGUCCCAGUAGCACCAGCACCACUACUGAUCACAUCACACAAUUUCGACAAUAUAACUAGAGCAGACCCAUACUACACAUUAAACCUCCAAUAUGACCCUCUACAUGACAAUAUAGGGCAACCGGAUUUGAACCCUUCAGAAGAACAUUUGCACCGUGGUUCAAAAGCAAUGAUUGCAAGUGAUGUCCCAUUAUGCUCUACUAUGGGGAAGGACAUUUUGCUUAGAGGAGGCAAUGCGGCAGACGCUGCAGUCACUGUUGCUCUAUGUAUUGGUUCUGUCAAUGCCCAUAGUUCGGGAAUUGGUGGAGGUGGCUUUAUCUUGAGCAGAAAAGGAGGGGAAGAAGAAAAAGAGGUGGUGAGCAUUGAUGCAAGAGAGACAGCACCACAGAUGGCAUUCAAAGAGAUGUACAAUGGCUCUUUUAUACUUAGCAAGAUAGGUGGAUUGAGUGUGGCUGUACCAGGAGAACUUAAAGGUCUUGAUGAGUUAUAUAGGCUUCACGGUAGUGGGAAUUUGUCGUGGAAUGAGUUGAUUGAACCAGUAGUCGAAUUGAAUAGAAAUGGGUGGAGAUGCUCCAAAGUGUUUGAAAAAGUGGUUGAUAUUGAGUACCAGUUGGUAUUAUCAAAAGUGCCGCUGCUUAGGAAAACGUGGGAUUUCAUCUUCAAUGAAAAUGGGUUGGUUAAGGAAGGAGAUCUUAUACAAAGACCAAACUAUGCAAAGACAUUGGAGUUGAUAGCCAAAAAUGGGAGCAGUGCAAUAUUUUACGAUCCAGAUGGACCAAUUGUUACAUCUUUAGUUGAUACGAUAUUCAAAUGGGGCGGAAUCAUAACCAAAGCGGAUUUCGAAAAUUACCAAGUCGUUGUUGAGCAACCGCUCAAGACUGAAAUUGGUGAGUAUAAAGUGUAUACCAGUAAUGGAGUUUCAUCUGGCCUAUCUUUAAUUGCAGGAUUGAACUUCUUCAACAAGGUAUUCAAGACAUCGGAUAGUGAUACAUUAUUUAAUCACAAGUUGAUUGAGAGUUACAAAUGGGCAAGUUCAGUAAGAACAAGACUCGGCGAUUACGUUGAUAGAUCAAAAGUCAUUCGAAAAUACUCUAGCUCAAAAUGGCUUAAAAUCAAUAGCAUUUAUUCAGAUUCCACGACUUUUUCUUGGCACCAUUACAAACCAAAGUACGAAAUGGUUGAGCCUCAAGGUACUUCACAUUUUUCAAUCGUUGACGAGAAUGAUAACUCCGUGUCUAUGACAACCACAGUGAAUCUACUUUUUGGAUCAAUGGUUUACGACAAGAGUACUGGUAUAAUCUUAAACAAUGAAAUGGAUGACUUUUCGCAGCCAAAUAUAAGCAAUGCAUUUAACCUUACUCCGUCGAUAUACAAUUUCAUUUACCCCGGAAAACGACCAUUAUCUUCGAGCGCACCUACAAUCAUCGUACAUAACAAUAGGACCGAUUUCGUGAUUGGAGCUGCUGGUGGCAGUCGUAUCACAAAUACUGUUCUUCAAGCGAUAGUGAGGAUCUACUAUAAGAGUUUCAAUUUGUUAGACACUAUUGCCUUUCCAAGAUUGCACCAUCAGCUAAUACCCGAGGGUGUCAUGUGCGAAAACCUAACAACCUUAGACAAGGAAUAUUCUGGAGUGGUUGCCAAACUAAUGUCGAAGGGGCACACGUUUUUAGAAACCGGGUCUUUAACAGCAAUGAAUGGGGUCAAGAGGUUAAAAGAUGACUCAUUAAAUGGGGUUAGUGAUUACUGGAGAAAACGAGGUCAAGCUGAUGGUUAUUAG